UGUCGACUCGACGUCGAUCGACGAAUCGUUUCCCGCUGGGCUUUUCAGUUUAAAACUUCAUUAUAUUUCCAGCAGAGAGAAACCUGAGAGCGGCCACGCCGGGCGUUUUACUUGAUACCGUUUUCUUCGACAAGACGUUUCUCUCUGUUUCCAGUAAAAUUUGCCAGCAGGGUAUUGGCGGAUGUGUUUAAAAGGGACUGCCCGUCGCUGCGCGAUCGCAGCGUUGUGGCAACCGAACGAAUUACAGGUGACAAACAAACAAAAAGUAUGGCAGGUGUCAAGCGGUUCGUGAGGAAUGACCGGUUGUACACGGCGGUUUGAUUCGAUCUAACUGCGGCGGAGGAAGGGCGAGAUGUCUUCGGGCGCCAGGAAAUCGCCGCGAAUCGAAGACUUGAUUUCCACGGAGGAUGACACUUUGGGAUCCUCCAUAAGUCUAAGCGUCGGGGAGAACUCGGUGCGCAUCAAGGAGAGACCUAGGGCCACCAAGGAAGCCGAACAGCCAUCGGCCGACAGGAGGGACGCGCCGGACAAGUGGUGGUUGAAGCGGCCCGAGACGCGUCUGGGUGUCCUGAGUGCCCGGAGUGCAAAGGCGAAGCAGUCUCCUCCUCCUUCGUCGGACGUCAGCUCUUCUAUGAAAGAGUUCCUCGAGAAAGAGAGGAUGUGCAAGGCAGUAUCCAAAAGCGAAGGAGAAGCGAAAGACAAGGAUGACACGUUAUGCGACAUACUCGCGUCUGCGGCUUUUGACAAGUAUCCGUCGGACUUUGAAAAUGCCACUGACGAAGAUAUCGGCAGUAUUUUGGAGGAAAUGAGCAAAAUCGCGGGUGCAUUGAGUCCUAAUUCGUGUCCCGAGCGUACCAAGUCCGGCGGUUCCAGUAAGAAUCCCACCGAGGAAGAGAAGUCCGUGGAAGAAUUAUUGGAAGAGGCCGAGAAGCUAGUCAGGGAGAAUUGUAACACCCUCUCGAAGAGUAUAUCGAAGUCUGAUACUCUAAUGCCGGAGAACCAAGACGAAAGCUUGAACAGGGUGAGGCAAUUGGAGGCUGACAUUUUUCAAUUAAUAGAGGAAGAGGUGCACAGGGAAACGGAGAAAAUAAAGAGGAGUCCGAAAAACGAGAGGAAACGGGAGGGCAGUCCAGGAAUCGAGAUUGUUUACGAAAACCUGAGUAGCUUGAGACCGCCGAAAACGCUGGAACUGCAAAGGAGAAAGUUCGAGGAGCAGAAGGUCGAGAUAUCGAGCAGUUCCGAUUUGGACGAUCCGAUUGAGAGGCAUUCCAAGUCCGAGGAGCUGAGGAACACGAAGAAAGUUGAGAUGGAGAAAGAGAAUCUGCAGAAGGAGAUCACGGACGUGGACAAGGACUUUUUCGAAGAUUUGCUGCGAAGAUCUAAGGAGAAGGCGGAGGGCGGGAUGUCUGGAAGUUCGAGUUUCGGGCAGGAAGAUUUCUCGCAUUUCUUGAAGCUCCUUCAAGGGCAGAACACGGAGAAAACGGAGCCGGAAUCAAAAGGGCCUAACGCGAUGUAUGAUCUCUUUUUGAAAUCUACUAAUGGCGAAAUAGUAUCGGCCGAGGAGAGUCAAUUAACUAGUGGCAAAACCCCAGAAUUCCCGGAAAAAGAAUUUUCCGAGAUAUUGGAAAAGGAAUUACCGGGCAUUAACGGUGCACACGCGGAUCACGAAAUUAUCGACAGCGAUUCCAGCGUGAGCGAAGGACGACACAGAGGGGCCCUGAAUUCUCUGUCAGGCGGGACAACGUUCUUGAAAUAUUCUAGCAAUAAAUCAAGGAAGGCUAUAUCUAAGGUCGUAGAGAAAGAAAGCGAUAAAAAUGCGACAGAAGCCAAUAAAAAGGUAGUUAAUUUCGAAGAUGAGUUGUAUACGGUAGGAUUGACGCCGAGAUUAGAACUAUUCGCGGAUGCGAUACCAAAACUCAUGGCUGAAAAGUUAAAUGAAAAUGUUGCGAAAGAGAACGCGGAGAAAGCGGAUUCCGCGCACAAGGAAUCUCCUCGUUCAGAAACGAGUGCGAACACAAGAGCGGAAAAUUCACAUGUCGCACCAAAGAUUCCGAUGACGCAUAAUCACGAAGCACCUGAUCAUGGCGUUUCGAAUAAAGCAAUAGAUGUAUCUAAAACCGACCGCGUUGUUAGUGCACCGAGUAAUAAGCAAUCGAGCAAAGAGAUAAGGUUCUGCAAGUCCAAGAGCUACGAUCAGAUAUGCCAGCCUCCCCUGAGAACCUCCCUCGAAAAUAUCAGAGUUAACAAAGCGUUAGACAUAUCUAAAAAACCUGUAAAUUCGUUUUCCAAAAAAUCAUCCAUGAUAAAGCCGAAAGUACAAUCCCGACCGAUCGCCAAAACCGCGUCGAAGCCUAACUUAAGAUCAAAGCUGGAUCCUGUUAAAGUUGGCUCUACAUCCAGCUUGCCAGCUGCGUGCAAAGGGCCCCAGUUAAAGUCACCCGACAGUCACAGGAAGAAUUUCAUGGCCGCCGGAGAUUCGAAGCAGAUUCCGACGAAACGCGAUUGGGAGACGUUAUGUCGCGAGGAGAGACACAAGAACAUGCUGCUGAAGCAACAGUUGGAGGCCGAGGCGAAGCUGUACAAGAGUCAAAUCGAGGAGAUGCGUACGUCCUUCGAAACAGAGCUGUUCGCCCUGAAGAAGCAAAAUAUAAUCUUGAAGGCGAGAAUGGACGAGUUCUCUCUGAGCGAGAGGCGCGCGGAGAUCCCUGCCAAGAACGAUACGAAAAUUACUCUCUUAGAACAGGAACUGGAGAAGCAGGAGAGUCUGAUUCGCGCUUAUGAGACUGAGAACAAGAAGCUGAUGCAGGAUACGAAACGCAUGCAAGAGGAAUUGAAGAAUUUGCAGUCCAAGCAGAAGAACACGAUGUCAGAGGCGAACGAUGCGCAACAACUCGCCGAUCGGAUGAAGGAUCUCCAGGAGGAGACGUUGAAGUUGACCUUGGAGGUGUCCGAGCUGAGAGAAAAGAAUGCCGAUUACCUGCUGAAGAACGACGACCUGAUUCAACAGAACAGUCUGCUCACGGACGAAUUGGAUAUGUUCAAGGAGCAGUUGAGAGCGAAGAACAACUUUAUCACGGAUCGGCUGCAAGUCAUGACCACCACGGAGCUAGAAUUUAAGAAACAGAUUGAGGAUCUGAGUAUCAAGUUGAGCUCCAAAUCGGAGCAAUUGCGAGUGACCAAACAGGAGUUGGAACAGUUUCAGCGGGGCGUAUUGCCCUUGGAACAGGAACUGCAGGCGCUCAGAGCCAGGGAGGGGAAUUUCCAAGAGAAACUGCAGAUAAGCAAGAGCCACGUUGAGCGUGAAAAGCAGCUGACCCAGAGGCUCAAGGAUCAGGUUAUUCUGGACAACAAGAAGGUCAUGGACCUGAACAGACAAGUGCGCGAAUUGGAGCGUAUACUCAAGAGGAAGAAUCCUGACUCAGUAUCGGCUCUCAUACUGACCGCCAACUCGGAACAGGACAGGAUUGGUUCCGAGAAGGUGAAGCUCCUGGAGGAGAGAAUAGCGAGUCUCGAGAACGAGAUCAAGGCCAAGGAGGAUACCGCGCAGCAGAAUCUGGUUGAACUGCAGAAGAAGUUCUCCGACAUGAAGGAGAAAUACACGACGCAGGUGAUGGAGUUGGAGGCGAAACUGUUGGAGGCAACUGCGAAAGAACGCAAAUUGUACAAUGACAUGUUCACGCAAACGACGGUGAAGCACGUCGAGAGCAAGAGCGUGGAGAAUAACAAGAAAGAUGACAGAGCUUCGACCGUAGAGGACAAGAAGGAAAAGAUGAAGGCUGGGCCGAAGUCGCAAAAUCCGAAGGAAGACGCGCAUCUCAUCGCCACUAUAAGAGGCCUGAAGCUGGAGAUCGCGAACAAGGAUAAAACGGUCUCAAAAAUAACCAAGGAUUAUCAGGAGCUGCAAAAGACAAACCGGCGACUGCAGAAGGAGCGGGAGAAACUGCUGAACGAUCGUAGGAGCUUCAGGAGCAUGGAUUUCGACAAGGCGUUCCGAGGAAUGAAGAACGGCGAGGGGAAUGAUCAGAAUUCGAAUGUCUAUCAGAACGGGCACGUUUCCGACUCGCAGAGGCUGUCGUCGUCGACGCCCAAGUUGUACGAUCCGAUGCAGUACACGGAGAACGGCAAGAAUGGGACUAUCAAGAAGUUGACCAACGAAAACGACAUCCUGAAGGAAGAGCUGAGCAAAAUGAACAAGGACUUCAUGGCGCUGAAGAGCAAGAGGCUGCACGAUUUGAAUCUCUUGCAGGAGGAACACGAGCGAGAGAUGGCGGCUCUCGUGAAGGAAUACAGCGUCAAGAUCGGAGAUUCUAAAGCGGUAAAGUUACAGGAUCAGAUUAAUGCUCAGGGAGCAAUAAUAUCGCACUUAAAAGAACAAAUGGAAAAGUUUAGAGAUUAUAAGGAGCAGGUGGUCAUGUUGAAGGCCGAGAGAGAACACUUGGAGAAUAGAGUGAGGACGCUGACCGAGAAAGUCAAAUACUUAUCAACGCCGGGAACGGAACAAUUACAGUUGCUGCAAGACAAGAUCACAAUUCUCCAGCAACGACACGAGAGCAGGGAGAUGACCUUGCAGACGUUAAUUCGCGACUUACUGAGGAAUCGAACGCAGUGCAAAGAUUGCAAGAAUGAAAAGGGCAAGAAGCGGCAACUUUGCUAUUUCCGGCAAGAACUCGAUCAUAUCUUGGGGAUGCUACAGGAGAUCGCUAACAUCCAUUGAUUAUCGCUGAAUCGAAAGAGCAUCCCUAAAUAGUUGCAGCGCAUUUAUAUGGUUUCUCGGUUCGUCAUCGAAUAUUGUGAUAAUUUUUACAAGAGUAAGGUUUGCGAUGUAGCUUAAAUAAUUCGAGAGAGGCAUUAGGCGUCGAGGCAUAGGUGCGUAAACGCGCUCGUUCGCGUCACUCAGCCAAAAUGUUUAGUCCGUACUUCCGUCAACUCUUCCAGAAUUGAUGAGGACUAUUGUAAUGCGCGAUCUUCUUUCUUGCGUCCGUGACACCGUUCGUUCUGCGAGGUCGUCUAUCAGUAUAGAGUUCGCAAAUGACUCGGUAGGCUCGGAUCACUGCCAAAGAGAGCAACGUUACCGCGUCACUAGCGGUAGCGUACGAACGAACGUACAAUUGAGUUACAAACCUUUUCCGAUCUCUCUCCGUCGCCAAUUUUCUUGCCACGCGCGCGCAUUGUCUGUGAACACUGCCCGCUAUUAGCAUAAUCUACUUGAUUGAAUCAAAAAUUAAUUUUUAGACUAAGUCCGUACACUUUUAGGAUUACAUAUAUUUUUUAUUUAUUAUUUAUUUAUUUAUUGACUCCGAGUAAAAUGGCACGGCUGCUUGCAACGUUUCUCCAAAUCGAUGUUGCUGCAGCUUGUUUUCUUCUCAUAGUAAAUUGUAUAGCAUUACAAUUGGACGGGGGAAAAAGAAAAUAGAAUAUACAAAGAUAUCUUCGUAAGGGUUUCUUCCAAAGUUAAAUGAUAUCUAGUUUUUUACGGAUAAUUUUUUCGAAACUUUGCUGUACAUAUAGGCGUAUAAGAGACUAAACCGCUAUAUUUAUUUCGGGUAAUACUCCACGUCGGUUUAUUCGCGAUCAACGAAGUCGACUAUAUCAUGUAUAUCGUAUCGUAAGUACUCUAGUUUAUUACUAUUGUUGCCAAGCCUAGCUGGUGAUCUCGUCAAAUGUAGCCUUGUCUGUAUGCGUCGUAAUAUGCGCAAGCACACCGCUCGAUGUGCCGAACAUGCACAUGCAUGCAAGCACAAAUUGAUGUGGCCGAGACCUGAGGACGAACAAUCAGCAUACGUAGAAUACCUAUCUUUCGUAUUUUCAAGAUAAAAUUUGACUCUCUUUGAAACUGUUAUCUUCCCGAGGCUCGGUCACGUCCAAGUACACACAAUCACAUUCCUUUUCUAAAUAGAUUUAAGCUUGUCACGCGCAAUGUACAAAAUUCAAAAUUAUAACUUUAAUAAAUUUAAUCUUUUCGCCGAGAAGGAUCGAUAUUUCCCUCAGCGGCGGUAUAGCGCAGGUUCGAAAUUCGUUUCAAGCAAUAUUCACCCGGCACUUGUCGAAUAAAAUAAAAUAUAUAGAAUAUUUAUCAUUUAUAUAAACAUGUAAAUCGUUUACUAUCUAAAUGUUAAAGAAAAAAUAGUGACAGAAGGUCUCGAAAAAUUGUCACAACAAAUUUAACUACAACUGCAACUAUUUAUUUUCGCACAAAAUAUAUCUUCUUAGACAUUCAUUUCUACGGAGCAUAUACGAGCUGUACAUUAAUCUACACUCUGAGUACUCUCAGAAAUAGUACACAUAUCGCAACGUAAUAUCUUAAUUCACAAAA